AUCGAGGCUAAACAAUUGAGGCCAUUCUUGCCAAAAUGGACUCAAAAUCGAAUCCUCUGGGCAAUCCAACCGCGAAUAGGAAACCGAAAGUAUCUGGAGUUUCAAACAUGAGUCAUAUGGGUUACAAGGGUUCCCCAAUCUCUUCAAAACCUCAGGUCAACGAAACCCAGGGUCAUACAUUCACCAAGUCUGCAACAAUGAACAGGCACCCGGUAGAUAUCAAUCUAGCAAAAAAGCGAAUUAUGCCAGUCAAUGCGGAAUCAAAGGCAACACCCCCGAAGAGGCCAAAUGUUCAGGAUACUUCAAAACCAAUGUUUAAGCAUUUCGUGCCACCAUCUCCAAAUACGGCUACGGGGAAUGUACCAAUGGAGCUACCGCAACCUACACCUGAGGAGGCAUCACCGCCCCCGAUACCAGACAUGUCUAAAUUGGAUACUAAAAAACUCCUCUCACGCUUGGUGGAUGUAACAAAGAUUACAUCUACGCCAUCAGGGGAGUCACUAGAAAGCAGGCUACAGUUCUUCGGCUAUACGAUUGCGGACAUAUUAAUGCGUAACGCUGAUAUAGUUGAGUGUUGCCGGUUAACGGGUGAAUCUACGGAAACCGCUGACGUUGACCAGACCAAGUUGAGAUUAAUGACUAAUGCAUCUCAAGCUUUCUUCUCGGAUAUGGUGGAACUAUCUGACCAGAUGCACGAGAUGAUUAACAACUUGCCACCAUUUUACACAAGAACUACGCCAUUUUUCAGGAAUUUGGAGAUACAAUCAGGUGAUUUCACUUCAUACUCCCACACUCACUUGCCGCAAGCUGCGGUAUCCAAGCAGCUCGUAAGGCUACAGUCAGAGUUCCUACAAAACUAUAAACCCAAAUCGCAGUAAUAUCAAUAGCACGCCAUUGU